UAGAUGAAUGUUCCACGGAUGUGUGCGCCGCCAAUGCUGUUUGCGAAAAUACACCUGGGUCGUACAGUUGUCACUGUCACACUGGGUUUGUUAUGCACGAGACAAGCGAGUGCAUAGAUCUGGACGAAUGUGCGAUGGAAGAAAAUCCAUGCGGUGAAUACGAAAUAUGUUCAAAUCAACCGGGUUCUUACUAUUGUACAUGUAAAGAUGGAUUUCAAAGAAAUGUGGAUCAAAGCGAUUGUGUCGAUACAGAUGAAUGCAACUAUGAUCCGUGUCCAACAAAUUCUGAUUGUAUCAAUGAAAUAGGUAGUUAUAUGUGUAAUUGCCGACAGGGAUUCUACAAGACAGCUCAUUCUCAUUGCGCAGAGUCGAAGCAGUUUUGGAGCAGCAUCCAUAUUUUAGGGAGCAAUGAUGCAGACGUCCAUCUUGAUCACAUGACACCGGAAGAGAUUGACGAUAUGAUACAAAAAGUUGAAUCAGUUCUUUCUUCAUUCUUUGCACGUACAUCAUAUCCUUACUAUGGUUUGAAAGUAAACAGCUUGAUGGAAGGAAGUAUUGUCUUUAACAUCAGUCUGUACUUUGAGAUGACUGGUUCCUACACUGCUGAAGAGCUUACAGAUGUUUUCAUGUCCAACCUCAGUUACUGGAACCAGUAUCAGCUAGAGGUCAUGUCUGUGAUUAUUGAAGAUAUAGAUGAAUGUUCAAGUCCAGACAUGAAUGUUUGUUCUGAGUUUGCCUCGUGUAAAAAUCUGCCAGGGACCUACGAAUGUACAUGUUUGCCAGGAUACCUUGACAUAUCAGUGGACAGACUAGGCAGUAUUUGUGCUGUGAUAGAUAAUAAUAAUCAAGACCCAAUCAACAAAGUCAGAAUUAUCCAGUCAAAGCUAGCCUAUCCUGUUAGUUCCUUGGCUACAAUGAUGGUUGCCAUGGAGAGAGGGUCACAUGUCACCUACGUGAUAGAGUAUGGUGAUGGAGAAUCAAGCACUGCUUUUUCUGAGGAGGUUUUAUCUUUUCAAUACAGACUGAACAUAGAACAUGAGUAUACAUCUCCAGGCAACUACACACUAACUGUGAAUGUAUCAAACAAGAUAAGCUCAGAAAUGGUUUCUACAUCAGUCAUCAUUCAGGAUAUAUUGACCUCUCUGACCUUGGAUGUUACUGACCUUGACCCACUUUUCUCAGGAAACAUAAUGGUUAAUGUAAACACAGAGAACUUGUACAAUCAUGUUUAUUUUCAAUGGAGUUUCGGAGAUGGGAGAUAUAUUCUGGAAUAUAUACAUGACUUUCAGGACACAGUCAGUGUAGAGCAUAUUUAUGCUAUUGGUGCAUUUGACAUUAAUGUGAAUAUAUCAAAUUUAGUUAGUUCUGUCACUUUGACAAGACAUAUUAUUUCCCAGGAGGUCAUUAAUGGAGUUGAAAUAAUGGUAGAAAAAUUUGCCAUCAUGCCAGGUGAAUACUUAAAUUUUAUUGUGUUUGCCAAAACAGGAAGUAAUUUAAAUCUGGAACUGAAUUAUGGGACUGGAGAAAUAACUGAUGUCAUUUCUAAAAAUAACACAAAAAGAGGAAGCACAGAAUCUGUCAUUCAAAAGAUAUUCAACACUCCUGAUGAAAUCACUGUUGGCAUAAAACUGUCUAAUGCAAUAUCUGAAUGGUUUGAUACAAUUGGUCCUGUAUUUGUUCAAUAUCCAAUUAAAAAUUUAAAAGUUAAAAUAAAUCAGAUAACUCCUUCACCACCGCCUGAAGUUCAUAUAGAAAUUUCAUCCCAGGAAGCUUCCUUUCCACCUACUUCAGUGACAUGUGAUAUCUUUGUUCAUAAUACCUGGUCUGUCACAGAGUCUGUACCAGAAUUAAAAAAAGAUCAGCCAACGGUAGUCAUUGUAAGUACAGAUGGAGCAGUGUUUGGAUGGAUAGAAGUAACAGUUAACUGUAGCAAUAUGCUGUCAUAUCAGUAUAUGGAAACUAGUACAUACGUUCAAGCUGUUAUAGGCAAUGCCUUAAUUAGAGCUGAUAAAACGUCAGUUGAUAUUGAUGAUACAGUAAAUUUUGAAUUUUUUAUUGGCAAAGGCUCAAAUAUUGAAUACACUUAUUGGUUUAGACUUGGUCAAAAUCACACAGGCAACUUGUAUUCCACCUUGAUUACUAAUAAAUCUAUAACCGAUCAUUUUACAUUUGGGCAGCCUGGCAAGUAUGAUGUUACAUUUAUAGUAAAGAAUAACGUUUCAUCGGCAAUUGCAUAUGAAACCGUCUGGGUUUUGGAGAAAGUUAUUGGACUAACAGUAAGUCGAAAUUAUGAACAGAGUUCAAAGUACAAUAUACUACAUUAUGGACAUGGUGAAGAGAUGAAUAUUUUCCCUGUUCAAAGACCUGUUAUUUUCAGUGCAUCUCUUAAUAGCGGAAAUAAUAUUAGAUAUAGAUGGAAUUUUGGAGAUGGCAAUGAAACUGUCGUGAAUGAGGGCACAGUCGUUCACACAUUCAAAAUGGAAGGUGCCUAUACAGUAACUGUCACAGCAUUUAAUCAGCUGUACUUUGAAAAUGUCUCAUUAAUAAUUGUAAUGCAUGAAAUUGUUUUACCACUAAAAUUAUCAAAUAAUGGACCACAGAAAUCUUACAACAUCAUGGAGUUUGUCUUAGAGCUUACAUAUUCUGGAACUGAAACUUGUUACGUAUGGGACAUGGGUGAUGGGAGCCCAUUAGUCCAUUUGGGGCCUGAGUAUUGUAUGGGUAACGAAUCAUUUGAUUCUUUCAUUCUUAUAAUGGAAAAAUUAAAAACGAUUACUUACAGUCAUACGUACAUGGACGAAGGUUUAUACACAGUGAGUGUAGAUGCUGUUAACGAGGUAUCUUCAGCAAAGAUCAGCAGUCUAGCUGUUGUUAAUGGGAUCAGUUGCUACUACCCAGAAGUAAGUUUCAAAGGUGGGAGACAGACAAUCGAGAUGCCAAUAAAAAAGCUUGUUUCUGACUGGAUAGUAUUAGAGAGUUCAGCAGUAAUUAACUGUGAGGCUACAAGCGGACCUGUCUAUAACUGGAAUAUUCAAAAGGUUAUUGAAGGAGAAACCUAUCUUGAUCAUUUCUUACAACCAUGCGACCUAGAUAUUGCACAAGUUGACAGAUUUGAGGUUUAUUUCCAGCCAAGAACGCUAGAUGUUGGUCUGUACAAAAUAUCACUAAACGUAUCAAUGAUAGGUAUACAAGGACUGUAUACAGAGGAGUUUACUUACCUUAAAAUAGAAGCAUCACCACUUGUAGCUGAAGUGAAAGGGGGAAGUGCUCGGCAGGUCAGUUUUGACAAAGACUUUAUUUUAGAUGGAUUGACUGGCUCACAUGAUCCAGAUAGCAAAAAUGACUCAAAAUCUCAUCUGAACUUUGAAUGGUGGUGCAGACGGCAAAAUGAAGAUUUUGCGGAGUCAUCAGCAGACGACAUUGAAAUUGUGGCAGCUGACAUUGUUUUGAACACAGAAGAUGACAAGAAAGGUUGCUUUGGAACAGGUAUUGGUCGUCUGCCAAAUAUAAGUGGUCUGCUUGAAUUUCCAGGCUUUCUACUUAUGCCAAAUACAGUGAAUAUAUUCAGACUGGUUGUAAAGGAUGAUACAAGAGUAGCCAUGUUUGAACAGGAAGUACAUGUAGUUGAUGGUCAUCCACCAGAUUUUCAUAUCAGUUGUGUCCAAAACUGUAAAGCGAAGGUGAAUCCUUCCAGCGAGUUUACAGUACAGGGUGUGUGUGAAAGUUGUCAUACUUGGGACAAAAUUGACUAUUCCUGGUCACUGGCUGUCCACAGUGGAAGUGAUAGAAAUCCACUGCAGCUUGAAAACAUGACGUCAACAGACUCUGUGAGUGCAGGACUUGCCUUCAAGCCUGGAGUUCUGAUUGGUGGCAAUGUAUAUCACCUUAGGUUGGACAUGAAGGUUUAUGGUUAUAAUGCUUCAUUCACAGAGCACACAUUUGAAACUAACUUACCUCCUUAUGGUGGCAACUGUUCUAUAGAACCAAAGACAGGUAUUGCUCUGGACACUUUGUUCAAAAUCCAAUGUCAGGGUUGGAUGAAUCCAGGUGAGGAACAGUUUCAAGGCGAAGGCCUCCUGUAUCGGUUCUGGACAAGGGUGAGAGGGGGCUCAAACAUACAGCUGUUAUAUUAUGGGCCUGAUCCCUUCACAGCCUCUUUAAAGUUCCCUCUCGGAAGACAGGAAAUGGACAAUAAACAUGAUAUCGUUGUGAGAAUAUCAAAUGCUAUUGGAGAAUAUGUGGAGACAACUCUUGAAACCCAGGUGAACCCCAAACCACAGCAGGAUCUGGAUGAAGUUCGAGCCCUGGCUUCAGAUGACAGUGGCUUGUUGUUUGAAAUGAAACAGGCUGGUCAGCAUCAGGAAUUUAAGCAGCUUAUAGUUGCCAUGGCUUCGGUGUUGAACGCAGAGCCAGCUGUCAGCAAUGGGAAAGAAGAAAGUUUAGCAACAACAACAAAAUCUACAGUAAACCAGGAAUUGUCUGCUGAAGCUGAAGAUGUGAAAGCUGACACUUCUGAGGAAAAACUGAAAAAUACUGAGUUAAGAACUAGUAUUGUACAGCACCUGGCAGAAACAGAUCAUGUGACUUUGGAUUCUCUACAGCAGACGGCACUAUGUUUUAAGGUCAUUACAGAACAAAGGGAUGAACUGUCUACUCAGACACAGGAAAUUGCUGUAGAUGCUAUCACACAUAUGACAGAUGAAUUUACAAAGAUUGUUGAAGAACCCUCAAGACAGACAAGCAGUGACCAGGUGUUGCUAGCAGCACAAGAAAUGCUGGCAAGUGUGGGUCAUGUGAUGCUAGCAGCAAGAUCAGAGACAGCUGUCCGUCUAGAAGAAUUGAAUGUCAAGGACACAGAGGAUGAUGUUCUUGACUCUGAAUCUGAAGAUAAUAGUGUCACUGCUGCAAAUGAUGAAGAUCAGUUAGCUGAUACAUCUGAUAUUGAAUUAGAGAUGAAAAAGGCUAAAGAGCUGAUUACUAAAGCAUUUGAAGUUAAAGACAGGAUAGUAGAAACACUGGUGAAGACGAGAACUCCUGGACAGGACUUGACCCUCCAAACAGAGGCUUUCACAAUCCAUACCAAGAGGGAAGAAAUCACUAAAAUUGACAAAGCAGUGUUGACUUCACUGUCAGGAACAUUUGCUCUUCCAUCAUCAGAAAUGCUGCUCCCAAAUGAGAGUUUAACAAGUCAGUUUAUAGACAUCAAUGUUGUGGAAUUUCCUGUUAAUCCAUUUCUGUGGAGCGACAACGCCAGAUUUGUAGGCUCACCAGUGGUCAGUUUAGACCUAGUGGACAGUACUGGGGAGCAGAUUGUUGUGAGGAAUAUCUCAGAGCCAAUUGUUAUUGAUAUAUUAGUAGACAGUACAGCCGUGACAGCCAGUCAUAUACAGGCAAUAAUUCCUGAUUCUGAAGACAUGCAACAUCAUAGAGUGAAGAUACGGUCAAACCAGAGUGACAUGCACAUUGUUAUACAUCCGGAAAAUAUAACUGUUCAGCUAGAAAUCUACAUUAAAUACGAAACACCUCCAACUCUCCUGGAUUAUGAUAUCUUGGAUAUUUUGCCACAUGAGGUGGAGGAUUUAGGAAAUGUGACAAAUUUGUCAAAAAGUAUUGUACAGGAAUUAGCAUACACUAUAGUGAUACCUGCUGGAGUUAUACAAGAACAUGGUAUAGGAUGGUGGUAUGUUGGUGUAAGGAAAUAUGAUUUAGCUGAUAAUUCAGCAGAAGAAGAAAAUGAGGAGGACCUGUCCAUUUACUAUGACCUUGAACCUGUGCCUGUGACCUUCAACUACACUAUUAGUUUUGUAACCUCUGGAUGCUACUUCUGGGAUGAAAGUCAAGAUACUUGGAGUACAGCAGGUUGUCAGGUUAGUCCAUUGUCCAACACUAAAUUCACCAGAUGCAUCUGCAACCAUCUAACCUCCUUUGGCUCUGAAUUUUUUGUGCCACCAAACCGUAUCAACUUUGAGACAGUGUUUGUGAACAUGGAGGAUAACUUGAGAGAUAACCAUGCUGUGUUAGCCAUGCUAUGUACAGUAAUUGUACUUUAUGUGGUCGGCAUCAUCUGGGCGUGGAGACAAGAUAAAAAAGAUUUACAAAAGUGGGGAGUUUUGCCUUUGUGUGAUAAUAUUCUCACAGACACAUAUUUCUAUGAGAUAACCGUGUUCACUGGUUUGAGACGAGGGGCUGGUACGAGGUCAAAUAUCAGUUUUGUACUAGCAGGGGACAACACUGAUACUGGGGUCAGACAACUCAAAGAUGUGAAAGGAACAAAGACUUUUGACAGAGGUUCUAUAAACAAGUUUAUUCUGAGUGUGGAUGAACCGUUAGGCCCAUUGUCCUACCUUCGUAUAUGGCAUGAUAAUUUGGGAACCGGCAAGUUACAGGGCUGGUUCCUCAGUAAAGUGGUUGUCAGAGAACUACAAGGCCAGGAACAAGUGUAUGUGUUUCUGUGUAAUCGUUGGCUUGCUGUGGAAGAGGAUGAUGGGAUGGUUGACCGUCUGCUUCCAGUUGCUGCACACGAAGAUCUGUCUAAGUUUGGGAACAUUUUCUUUACCGACACAAGAAAGCGACUCACUGACUCACAUCUUUGGAUUUCAGUUUUUGCGCGUCCAAACAAAAGCAAUUAUAGCCGAGUGCAAAGGUUAUCAUGUUUGUUUUCGCUCCUGAUGAUGUCAAUGCUGGCCAGUGCUAUGUUUUACCAAGCAGAAGGAAAUGCUAAGACUGGUCAAGGAUAUAGACUGGGUCCCUUUAAAUUCACAACUCAUGAAAUGUACAUAAGUGUCAUCACUAGUUUGAUAGUUUUACCUGUGAAUAUACUAAUAGAUCAGUUAUUUAGAAGAAGUAGACCAAAGAAAAAUAUCAAGGAGCAAGCAUUUUCAGAUGAAAGACCUUUCUCUGCCUUGUCUAGAUUGAGUGUGAGGUUUACAGAUUUGUUUCGUAUUCAUAGCAGGACCCAGGUAACUCCAAUUGAAUCAAAUGAAAGUGAAAAAGAAGGGGAAUCAGCUUAUCGACCAGGAACUGCAUCGUCUUUGUGUGUACCAGAGUCCUCACACACCUCACACACACCACCAAUGAGAAGAUAUCAACCAAAUGAUACAGAAACACCAAUCCCUAAUGUGUUCAUCAAAACCAAUGAAGAUCCGCCUUCACCAAGUUACUUGGAAGCCAGACAUCAUUACACCCCUGCACCAGCACUAUUUUUGAAAUCUUCUCUGAAAAAGACAGGAGAUUUUAGAAAAAAGAAACCUCAACUGACGUUACCAUCUACCAAAUGCCUUGAUGUUCAGCAGUUAAAUCUGUCGUCUGCUGAUUCCCCGAAUCCUUCACCAACAAAUUCUGAUCUCCUGACACCUUAUGCAUCAAGUUCCCUUGAAAACUCUCCAAUUAUAUCACCCAGAUACGUGGAAGUUAAAAGUCCUACAGAAUCAGUUUUCAGUUUUGACUCUUCAGCAGAGGAGAUAGAAAACAUCACAAUGAAAAUUACAGGGCAAGAGGAGACAACUAAACUGUUUAGGAAAGUAGUUCUUCCACACUGGUGUAUGUACAUAGCAUGGUGUUUGGUAUUCCUAUCUUCAGCAGUUUCAGCAACAGUGACAUUCCUGUAUAGUAUGGAAUGGGGGAAAGAGAAAUCCAUUGCUUGGUUGACAUCCAUGUUGCUAACUAUUGUUGAGUCUGUAUCAAUCAUUCAGCCAGCAAAGAUAAUAGUUUUGGCAGUAUUUGUUGCGGCAGUUUUGCGUAAGACAGACGAUGAGAUAGAAAAAGAAGACAGUGUAAACAAUAUUCUUCCAGUCCAGCCAGAAGAAAUAGCCUCACAACACACUCCAACGAGAAACAAAAGAAGAAGGAAGCAUGUAGCACCUCCAGAUCCAAAGAAGCUUGCAUCUGUGCGAGAGCAGCGACUGAAAGAGAUCAAAAUGUUCCGUAUCAUUCAGGAGAUUGUUUUCUACAUGUUUUACCUGAUCAUUCUUAUACUUGUUGCCAGUCACAAUAGGGACCCAGACUCUUACAGGAUGAAAAAUAUGUUGAUGAAUGUCAUUUCUCCAAGGCAGAAUCUGUCAAGGAUAAACAACACAAAAGAUUUCUGGCACUGGAUGAAUGUUAUUCUCAUACCAAACAUUUAUUUGUCACAUGACUGGAAUGGUGAUAGGAUAGAGGAAGAUACUCGACUCAUAUCAACUCAGGCAUCAUACAGGGUCGGACCAGUAAGGCUACGACAACACAGAGUUAAUCCAGAUAAAUGUGAUCCUCCAAGAAGAAUACUGCCAUAUAUAGAGAAAUGUAGUUUUGAUUGGUCGCAGGGUCAUGACAGUACAAAGUCCUACCUUGAAGGUUGGAUUCCUAUACCAGUCAAUCAUACCAAGGUCAGGUAUAAUGAUCCGUGGGCUUACAGAUCCACUAUGGAGGUUGAUGGUGUUCCCUAUGCAGGAGAGAUCGGAAUCUACAGUGGUGGUGGUUAUAUAGUCGAUUUGAUUGGUCAAAGAGAGAAUGUGAUAAGAAUGGCUGACUUGCUGCAGUUGGAUAACUGGAUAGAUAAACUUACAAGAAUUGUAUUUGUAGAAUUUACUACAUAUAAUCCAAACAUAAACCUUUUCACAACAGCACUUAUCACAUUUGAAAUGCCGACCACUGGUGUUAUUUUGAAGCGUGUACAAAUAUACACUUUCCGUUUAUUUUCGUAUUUGGGAGGUUUUGGAAUAUUUGUGAUCUUGUGUGAGCUGUGUUCAUUGGUUUGCGUAAUAUAUUUCAUUGGGCUUGAGUUGAAACAGAUCAAGCGUGAUGGCAAACGGCACUUCCUAAGUUUCUGGAAUAGUUUACAGUUUGUGACUUUACUGACCUCUGUUACCUGUGUGGUCAUGUACUUACUACGACAUGCCAUGACCUCUGUUGCUGUGGAUAAAGUCACUAAAUUGAAAGACAAGUUCUACAAUUUUCAGAGAAUUGCUGUGUGGGAUGACGUGUUCCAGAUUCUUCUAGCCUUUGCCAUUUUUGCAUCCAUUUUAAAACUUAUCCACAUUCUCAGAUUCAACAGACGUAUGUCAAUGUUGGCAGGAACUUUGAAGCUGUCUGCGAAGGAAUUAUCUGCAUUUUCAUUGGUGUUUGGCAUUGUGCUGUUGUCCUUUGUAGGAAGCGGAUAUCUUAUAUUUGGUUCAAACGAACGUGGCUUUAGAACAGUUAUACAAGGAUUUGAGACACUUCUCUCAUUUUCAUUAGGCUCCUUCCACUUUGCAACUUUAGUGGAAAAUUACAGAAUAGUUGGACCACUGUAUUUUUUCUUCUUCUUCACAUUCGUGAUGUUUGUCCUAAUGAACAUGUUCAUAACAAUUUUGAAUGAGGCAUUCACAGUUGUCCACAAAAAUGUGAUACAGCAGAAAAACGAGUACGAAAUUGUAGAGUUCAUAUGCCAACAUUUUAAACAAUGGGUUGGAUUUGACCUGGACAAGGUCAUAGCGAAUAUUAAAACAAAAUAUCUAAAAGGUGAUAAGCAGUGCUGUACAGCAGAGGUAAGCUACACAUUGGAUGACCUAGAAAGUCGCCUUGACCUUAUGAUGGCCUCAGUUGAUGCAAUGUGUAAAGGAUAUUUACCAAUGGAAGAUGACCUUGAUGAUUAUGAUUGGUUGCCUAGCAACAGAGAGUUAGAAUAGAAUAAUAAACUUUGUACAUGGAUAAUCAUUAUCAUUGCAUGACAUUCUGAUUAAUUGUAAGGAAGUCAUUCACAUGCAAAUGUAAUGAUAGAAAUAGAGUGGUGACAGAUCGGAUUAGAAAGAAUAUAAAUAUUUAAUAAACAAAGAUUUUCAUUUUAUUUACUGUUUAAUUAACCUUUUCUGUUAUAAAGAUUCUGUUAAUUCAAAUCUCAAUAAAUGUAACUAUACUGUUUAUUUUUUAAAAUACAUCUUAUACAAACUUU